AUGAAACAAGACCAAAUUGUCAGCCUUAAUGUAGGAGGCAAAUACUACAUGACAAGUGUAUCUACUCUGACUACCUAUCCCGACUCAAUGAUCGGAAGUAUGUUCAGUGGACGAUUCCCGAAAGUGAAGGUGACUGAUGACAACGCUGCUGGAAUCGCAAGUGCCCUUGCCAAUAUUACAAGUGACUCAUAUAUUAAUGAAGAAGAUAUAAAUACUGCGACUGCUAUUUUGGAAGACAUUGUCGAAUUAGAAUUGACUGAUGAAUCGGUUACAGCGGAUGUUGUAAGUAUCGUUAAUAACAUAAUCGAUGUAUUUGACGCCGAAAAUCCUACUGCUAGUGAAACAGGCACUUCUUUGGUAACGUCGCUAGAAUUGCAACUUACAACACUGGCAGCAGCAGGAAUGAAUUUCUCAAGUGUUGAACCUAAUGUAGGAGUGUCGACAGUUGUCAUAAGUUCACAAAAUUUGGUGAGCGGUAUUGGGUUUGCAGCCGUUUCAACUGAUGAUCAUGGUAAUGAAAAAUUCGACUCUGGUGAUGUUAAGCCUUUCUUUGAAGUGGAAAUUCCGCUUAAUACGAUAGCUGUGUCUAUCUUUCUUCCACUUGAAAUUGUUCCAAUUAUUCAAAAUGAAACUGGUGAAGACGAGAUUAGAUUGAUAUUUCUAGUGUUCCAAGACGGUACACUUUUUGUCUCACAUCGGCUGGCCAACAUUGGAUCUGGGUUGGAUUUUACACGCCGUGUUGGCAGUCAUAUCUGUUCAGCUUCAGUGGUGGGAGUAAACAAUGUAGAGGGGCUUGAAUACCCUGUGAAAACAACUUUUCUACCGACAGAGAAAACAACGAACAACACCGAAUGCGUGUUCUGGGACAUUGCUCCUAACGACAGUGAAGGCCUCUGGUCAAAUGAAGGAUGCACAUUUAAUGGCACAAAAGACGGACGUGUAAUAUGUUUGUGUGAUCAUCUUACUGCCUUUUCUAUUCUAGUUGACUUUUAUGAGCCUGAAUUAUCUACGUUUCAAGAAGUGUUGACUGUCAUAAGCAUGGUGGGUUGCAUUGUAUCCAUCAUAUGUUUGAUAAUGACGAUAGCAACGUUCGCUUUUAUUAGACCCAAAAAUGUGGCAAUGAAGCGCCCUCAAAAGAUCUUGAUCAACCUCUCAGUUUCUCUUUUACUGCUCUACCUCGUAUUCAUCAUCGGAAUUGAGAAAACUGCAUCCAGGAAUGUUUGUAUCGGUGUGGCAGCCCUGCUUCAUUACUUUGUGCUUGCUUCUGUAUGUUGGAUGUCAAUAGAAGCAGUCAAUUUGUAUCUCAUGUUUGUGAAAGUUUUUCAAGACAAUGUUCGCUACUUCAUGCUUAAAGCAUCUCUACUUGCAUAUGGUACUCCUUUGAUUAUUGUUUCUGUAUUUCUGGGCUCUGACGUCAAAAAUUAUGAAAAUGACACAUACUGCUUCAUACGACCAGGAAAAGUUCGGUCCUUCGGACUCAUGCUGAUGGUCGGGUUUAUUUUUGUGUUCAAUGGAGUAAUGUUUUCUCUGGUUAUGUACAAGUUGAUCUUUGGACGAAAAAUCUCCAAAUCAUCAAAUCAACCAAUGAGAAAGCGAGUAAUGAAAGGAAUAUACAAUGGUGUAGCGCUCUCAAUCCUACUCGGCCUAACGUGGUUGUUUGGAUAUUUAGCAGUUGACCGUGAAUCAUAUUCUAGGAAUGUUUUUCAGGCCUUAUUUUGCGUCUUUAACUCGCUUCAAGGCCUCUUCAUCUUUAUUUUGUUCUGCGUGCGCCAGAAAGAUAUUCGUGAUUGGUGGAAGGCAUGCUACAUUCAUGGAGGAAAUAAUUACAGGGGAGGGGCAGCACCAACCAAAAUCGAAUUGAAAACAAACUCACAGACUGAGUAGCCAAUCUUUUUAAACUACUAUCUACUGCACCUCAAUUGUUCAGACACACGUCUCAUAUGUUGACAAAGUUGGCAUUAUUUAUGAAUUAAUUUGAUGAAAACAAUCAUUGUUUAUACUAAUAUUUACAUAUUAGUAGACAUAUGAUUAAAUAUAAUUUUGAUUUUACAUACCGUAAUAGCGAACAUUAUAGGUUUAGCUCACCGAUAUUACAAAAUGAUCUAUGUUUAUAGCAAACUCUUUCUCGUGUUUUUCUUUUUUUUUUUCAUUUUAUGUUACGGUUAAUAACAAUCAAAGUUUACAUAUUAUCCUUUAGAGCAAAAAAGGGUAGAUGCCACCUGGCCGUUACUACCCGCCCUUUUACCACCCGGCCUUUUACCACCAGGCCUUCUGCCGAGCCCUCCUAAUAAUAGGCCUAUUGGGUUUUAAUUUUCAUUAAAUCGGUAAUUGUUUAAACAUUAUUAAGAAGCGGUUGGCGCAUCGGUUGUGGCUUGGACUCGAGCAACCUCGUGGUCGGCGGUUCGAAACUCUCGCUGUGCAAUUCGCUUGUGUCCUUGGGUAAGGAACUUUAUCUACGGUUGCCUCUCUCCACCCAGGAGUACAAGUGGGUACUGCGCUGAUUAUUAGCUGCAAUAUCAUGGAAUAAUAAUAUAAUUUAAUUUAAUAAUUUAUAUUGGUGUUCAAUGUGUUCCAUAUGUGUUUGAUCCAAUGACCGGGGUAGUAAUGUAAAGCGCUUAGAGGCUUUGUGCACGAAGCGCUAUAUAAGAACGACAUAUUAUUAUUAUUAAAAAUUAUGUUCAUUACAAUUUACCUAUUACGUACAAAGAUUCAGAAAAAAAAAAUUUGAACUAAAUAGGAUUAAAUGCUUUAUUGUGGUUGGUUAAGAUACUAAUGCUUAAAUUGUGAUUUGAGAAAAAAAUUGAAUAAGCCUACAAAACAGAUAAUUUGAGCUUCCGUCUUGGGGACAAAACGCCAUGCAAACGUACUGCACGUCGUAAACAAGGGCGAACACACAAUGUUGGACUGAAAAGAGACAACGACUGUAAACACAUCUUUAUUUCAAGCAAGCAUAUCAUGAAAAAUCAAAUAAAUUAUAAUAAUAAAGCGGCAUGGCGGCCUAUUUGUACAGGUACGUCGGGUAUCACUAAUAUUAUUAAAUUUUGUUCAACUGUAUUGUUAUUUGGUACUUUUGUUCACGUUUUGGAAUAGCGAUAGAGGUAACCAUACUCCAUCAGUACGUUUUAGAUUUACUUCAUUACAAGUAGGUCGAUAAUUUUUCGUGAUUGCCAAUGUAUUAUGCUUUAUCUGAGACUCAUGAAAUGGACAAUAAUAAUAUUAAUAAUAAUAAUAAUAUUAAUAAUAAUAAUAAUACACAUAUUAUAUAUAACUGAUUGGAACUUAAGUAUUAUCAUUCCUAUAUUUAAGCAAGGUGAUAAGAAAGUUUUAAAUAAUUAUCGUGGUAUUUCCCUUACAUCUUGUGUAUCUAAAAUAUACAACAGAAUUAUAGCAAUGAGUGUGUCGAGUCACCUUGAAAACAAUAAUGCUCUUUCGGAGGUUCAGGGAGGCUUCAGAAAAAACAGACAAUGUGAAGAUCAUGUAUUUGUUGUAAAAAGCAUAGCUGCUUGUAGACGCAAAGAAGGGAAAAAUACAUAUCUGGUCUUCCUGGACUUCCGGAAGGCAUUUGACACUGUAUGGAGAGACGGUCUUCUGAAGGCCGUCUGGAAGGUAAGAAUUAGAGGACGCUUAUGGAAAAUAAUAGAUAAUAUGUAUGCUAACAUAAAAGGCAUGGUUAAAAUUGGAAAUUGUAUAACAGACGAAUUUCCCAUUGAACAGGGCGUUAGACAAGGUUGCGUUUUAUCUCCAAUUUUAUUUUGUAUAUUCAUUAACGAAUUCACAAAAAUUCAAACAAAUGAUAUUGGUGUUCAUAUCAAUGACACAUGGCUCGGGGCCUUAUUCUGGGCCGAUGAUGUAAUUUUAAUUGCCGAAAAUGAGCGACAGUUGACACAGAUGUUAGAUUUAGCAGCCAAAUUUGCCAAAGAUUGGAAAUUAAAUUUUAAUCAUACCAAGUCUAACGUACUUGUCGUGGGAAAUAGGAUAGACAGAAACAAGUUGUGGAAAUUAGGAAACCAAUCAAUAACUGAAUGUGAAACUUAAAGUAUCUUGGGGUCACUAUAUCAAGACUCAUGAACGACCAUAAACAUAUUGAACAUGUAGUACAGAAAUGUAACCGCCUUAUUGGAUAUAUAAAAUCAAUCAUCGGUAAUUUAAAUAGCUUCAAUAGAGUAUACUACGGAGAUAUUCUGUGGCGAACGAUUGCUCUUCCAUCGAUAAUAUGGUAGCUCUGUAUGGGUUGGAAGUAAAAGUGACACCGAUAGAAUUGAAAAGUUAUAACUACAAAUGGCUCGAUUCAUUUUAAAGGCCCCCCACCCCCGUAAUACACCUUGCGCUACACUGUAUGGUGAUCUUGGGUGGUCCAAAAUUUCUCUAAUUCAAAAUAUCUAUAGAAUUAAUUACACUGAUAGAAUUUUAAAAAUGGAAGACAAUCGUUGGCCUAAAUUAUUAUUGAAAACUAUUGUAAAUACAUCAUCAGAUAAUCUUAAUGAUAUUGCCUUUAAAAUACUUACCUGUAUAAAAAACAUUCUCAACGACUGUAAUAUAGAUAAUAUUUUCUUAGAUUUACAAGAUGAAGAUAAUAAUGUGAGCACAGAUUGGGCUUUUAAAGCAAAAAUUAUCAUGAGAGAUCUGUCACUCUCCCAUUGGCUUGAUGAUGGAAUAGUAAGUCAUCAAUACAAGACUAUAUGGCUAUUAAGAAUGGACCAAACUUAGAAGGCUACCUUCUCGAUAAAUGUGACUUUGAGGGUGCAUCAUUAAAUUUAAAUUGCGUUCGAACACUCUUCCUCUGAAUUACAAACUUGCAAAACUCUCAAAUAUGCCCUGUGAUAAUGGCAAUUGCAAACUCUGUAAUACAAUUGAGGUGGAAGAUUUAAUCCACUUUCUUUUAAUUUGUCCUAUUCUUAAUAAUAUCAGAGAAAUCGAAAUUGCCAGAUUUAAACAACAACUUUAUAGUAACAAUCUUCUACAUGUUUUCCAAGAAUUCGAACAUUCUAAUAAUAGAAAUAAAUUACAUUUUAUCCUCGGAAAUGAAAAUAUCCACUUUUAAGAUAAGAAUAUCAAUUUAUUAAUUGACAAAUUUUGCAAAUCUUUAGCCAAAAUUCUGUGGAAAAGUAGACGUGAUUUAUUUAAAUUUUUGUAGCUUAAGUUUUAUCUGUGCUGUUGUGUAAUUACAGUAUUAUAUUUUAAGCAUUAAGCAUGUGUAAUAAUUCAUGUGCGUGCAUACUCAUACUGUAUGUAGAGCAUAAACGCUUUCUUUUAAUUCUAAUUUAAUUUAAAUUUUGUUUUUAUAUUAUUAAAUGUUCAAAUUAUUUUAUUUGGUUUCUAUUUAUGUACUGCAUACUGACUGAAAAUUCGUUCAAAGUGUAACCAGGGCGUUGGCUUGCUCUGCUGCAUUCCCGGACCUAUGACGUCGGACCUUCGUCGGGUGGUGGGGCUGUCUGGGUGCUGGUGGUUUUCCCUCGAACAACAUCCAACGACAGGGAGGACGGCUAACAUUCGGCUGGCUGCGUUACCUGGCAUGGGCCCGGUGGCGUCGGUUCGGGGCGUUGCGGGGUGGGUUAGCGUCAUGGUUUGCUUUGCACGACUUUUCAAACCAGUCAUUCUUGUUUUGUUUGUAGUUUAUUGUAAGUGUUUAAUUUGAUUGGUGGGUGGGCAAUAAUGUUAUUUGAGUUAUCUGUAAAUCUCUCCUAAUUAAGAAUUUAAUUUUUUAUUUCUGUUGCUUUGUUCUUUUCUGGAUGCACUGUUAGAAUUUGUCUAACGUGUGCCACUGUUAUAAAAGUAUUAUCCAAUAAAUAUUGUAUUGUUA